AUGUCCCGGAUAUCAUCAUCGUACGGCGUAGAAUGGUCCGGCGUUGAUCGCGACUGGAUUCACAGAGACGGAAAGCAUGAGAGGGAGAACUGGAAGGAAAUAUUGGAAGCGGAUAAGGGCGUGCAGGAUGAGGGGGAGGCGGAAGAGGCGGAAGAGGAGGAGGAGGAUCCCGUUUGUCCGCUCUGCAUCGAGCAUCUCGACGAAACUGAAGUCCGAUUUCGACCCUGCCCUUGCGGGUACCGCGUGUGUCUCUUCUGCUACGAGCGUAUCAAGCUCGAACUCAACAGCCUCUGCCCCAGCUGCCGAACCCCCUACGGCGUCCCCCAACCUCCCUCCCCGUCCGCUGCUGAUAAGCCAGCCGCAACAGCCAGAGCGGCAACUGGAAAGAAAGUGAAGGGUGCAGCCAAUGGGCGAGUGACAGGUGGCAGCGGCGGGCUGGAGAGCAGCGGGAAAGCGGGAGAGAGGGGUCGAGGAGGAGGAGGGGGGAGUGUAGUUGUGGGGUAUGGGGGCGGAGGCAGCUGGGGAGGAGGAGGAGGGGUGGUGGUAGUGCGAACGUCCGUUGGUCCCGGCAAGCUUACCGGAAGUGGUGGGACUGGCCGGGCUGAUAUCCUCGCUGGCUCUACUAACGGCAUUGCUGCUGCUGCUGCUGCUGCUGCUGCUGCUGCUGUUGGUGGUGCUGGGGUGGGGACUGGGGGAGGGGUUGCUGUUGGGGCUGCUGGUGCUGCUUUCGCUGGUAUUGGCAGUGGUUUUGGUGGGAUGAUGGGAGGAAUGAGGGGGUUCAACCCACCGAUUUCAGCCAUGGCGUCUUCGCCUCUCAUGCAGCUCUCUCCCUCCUCUCCACUCACUGCUCUCGCCCUCCUCUCCACUCACCCGUAUGCAUCUCAACCGCUCUGCAUCCACCCGCUCUCUCUCUUUCCGCGCAACCCUCCUCUGCGCCCCCUCCACCACAGUUUCCCCUCCCCCCUUCUUCUGCACAUCCUUCUCAAAGUUCGUUUCUGA